AGCAGCAAGGCCGGUGAAACAGUGCCGCCAUAACCACAAGGAAGAGACGCAUGGAGAUCAGAAGCACCUUGGAGAUGUAUCUCCCCGGGUUCAGGUUCCAUCCCACUGAGGAGGAGCUUCUCGACUUCUACCUCAGGCGCAAGGUCCAGGGGAAGAGGCUGCAGCUUGAAAUCAUUGCUACAGUCAAUCUCUAUCGCCAUGAUCCCUGGGAGCUUCCAGGGUUGGCCAAGAUGGGGGAGACGGAGUGGUACUUCUACGUGCCGAGGGACCGGAGACAAACCAGCGGCGGGCGGCCGAGCAGGACCACGGAGCGGGGUUUCUGGAAGGCCACCGGUUGCGACCGGCCGGUGCGCAGCGCGGCCGACCCCAAGCGGCUCAUCGGCCUCAAGAAGACGCUGGUCUUCUACGAGGGCCGCGCGCCUCGGGGCACCAAGACCGACUGGGUCAUGAACGAGUACCGCCUCCCCGACCCGUCCGCCACCUCCUCCGACGGUCCACCAAAGGAGGAGAACAUGGUGUUGUGCAAGAUACACCGGAAGGCGACCUCGAUGAAGGUGCUGGAGCAGCGGGCGGCGGCCAUGGAAGAGGAUACGACGAUGUCGCAGAAUUCUAGCUCGACCGCGGAGUCCGCGUCAGACUACGAUCAGGAGAGCUUCUUGAAAUCCAUGGUCAAGGAGGAUGUUGUAAUCGUCAUCGAGGAUGCAACGGAGGAGGAGGUGACGACCGUGGUGGUGGUGGAGGAGGAGAAAGAGGAAGCGGAUGUUGCCGCCGUGUCGACUCGGCAAAGGCCGAGUCUGCCCGAGUUGGAGGUCCCGAAGAAGGAGGGGUUAGAAUGGCUACAGGACCCGUUCUGGACUCAGCUACGAAGCCCAUGGAUGGAUCUCUGGUCUCCAUAUUUGGCCACCAUGCUCAACUGCUAAACCUCAUCAUUAUUUCUUCCUCG